AUGGCAAAUCUGAGCCAGCCCUCUGAAUUUGUCCUUUUGGGCUUCUCCUCGUUUGGUGAGCUGCAGGUUCUCCUGUAUGGUCCUUUCCUCGUGCUUUAUCUUCUUGCCUUCAUUGGAAACACCAUCAUCAUAGUUAUGGUUGUAGCUGACACUCACCUGCAUACUCCCAUGUACUUCUUCCUGGGUAAUUUUUCCCUGCUGGAGAUCUUGGUGACCUUGGUUGCAGUGCCCAGGAUGCUCUCAGACCUUCUGGUCUCCCACAAAGUCAUUUCCUUCACUGGCUGCAUGGUCCAGUUCUACUUCUACUUUUCACUGGGUUCCACCUCCUUCCUCAUCCUGGCAGACAUGGCCCUUGACCGCUUUGUGGCCAUCUGCCACCCACUGCGCUAUGGAACUCUGAUGAGCUGGGUUGUGUGUGUCCAGCUGGUUGGGGCUACCUGGGCAGCUCCUUUCCUGGCCAUGGUACCCACUGUCCUUUCCUGAGCUCAUCUUGAUUACUGCCACGGCAACAUCAUUAACCACUUCUUCUGUGACAAUGCACCUCUGCUGCAGUUGUCUUGCUCUGACACCCACCUGCUGGAAUUCUGGGACUUCAUGUUGGCCUUGGCCUUUGUCCUCAGCUCCUUCCUGGUGACCCUCAUCUCCUAUGGCUACAUCGUGACCACUGUGCUGCAGAUUCCCUCUGCCAGUGGCCGCCAGAAGGCUUUCUCCACAUGUGGGUCUCACCUCACACUGGUCUUCAUUGGCUACAGUAGCACCAUCUUCCUGUAUGUCAGGCCUGGCAAAGCACACUCUGUGGAAGUCAACAAGAUUGUGGCUUUGAUGACUUCAGUCUUCACCCCCUUCCUCAAUCCCUUCAUCCUCACCUUCCGCAAUGAGACAGUCAAGACAGUGCUACGGGGGCAGAUGCAGAGGCUAAAAGGCCUCCACAAGGUGCCAUGA